AUGGUAUUCAAACCAGUGCUUGCAUCCACAACAUCAUUUUCCACGUCGUCAUGUGUAUCCUCCACUCCAUCAAAUAAUACUACUUCGGCAACAGCAAUGACGACGUGUUUGAACCCGUCACCAAAUAUCUUGUCUGCUUCGUUGUCAACGUCUGCACAUUCUUCUCUGACUCCUCUAACUCCAUCGAUUAUGCAGCCUCCGUCCACAGUAAACGUGACCACCCAAAAAGAUCAAAAAAAUCAAAAAUGCGAUGAUGGAAAUGUAAAAAAGAUUACGACGCCGCGAAAAAAAAGGAAUACAGCUAGUUCGAAAUCAUCAACUGCAACAAAAAAAUCAAAACCUUCUGCAAAGCAAACGAAAUCGUCGACAUCUUCAAGGAAAGACAAAGAAGCUUCGAAUCAAGCUGAAAUCCAGGACUCAGCGAUACAGCCGGAGACAAAUGCAUCAUCUAGUGAAAUCCUUUCUGGUACGCAACAAUUGCAAAAUUCGGAAACGAUAACAACCGUUUCAACACCUUCCAAAAAUUCAAGAAAGAGAAAAAAUGUUGCCACUACCGUUACAAAAAUCACUACUACAGAAGCAGGAGGAUCACAAGCUACUAUGCCUAACAGCAAAAGUGAAGAAGCAGCAGAAGAAUCAAAAAAACCAGCCGCAAAACGACAAAAGAAGACAAAAGAUCCGAAUGCUCCGAAAAGGCCAUUAAACGCUUUUAUAGAAUUUUCUCGCGUCAAAAGAGAAGAAGUAAAAAGAGAUAACCCUGACAUGAAGUACACUGAAAUCAGAAAACGGCUAGGAGAAAUGUGGCGUGGAUUAUCCGAGACGGAAAAAGAGCCAUACAAAAACGUUCAACAAGCUGCAAAAGAACGAUAUGCUCAGGAAAUCAAAAUAUAUGAAGCAAAUCAAGCGGCGACGGCAGCAACUAGAACUGAAAUUUCGGAAUCAUCAAAUAUGACUACUAUCAAUAACAACAACAGUAUAAUGCCGACAUUGCCUACAAAGCUUGAUAUAAACCAUUUCUUGCCGACUCCCGAAAAAUCUCUCUUGAACGAAUACAACAAACCUAAUAAUAUAUGUAAUCCUGUUAUCCCUAUUAUUGCUGAUCCCUGUGAUAUGACGGCGAUGGAUUGCGCUGUCGAUAAUAUCAAUAAUUCUACUAUCGUUAAUGACACGAUGUCUAUAAUGGAAUCUAAUGCGUUUACACCUGAUGGGAUUAAGGAAUUUCCAUUACAAAAUCAAUAUUCGCAAAAGAAAAAGAGUAAAGCAGAAAUUGAAAAUUAUUUGUUUGGUUCAUCUUCUACUUCGUUAAAGUAUAAUUAUAAUGCCGAUUACAAUCACGAUAAUAAAAUAUUACAACAGAAUCACCAUACUAUUCUUCCCAAUCCUUCAAUUCUUUAUCCUCAUCCCCAAUCGCUUUUUUUAGUUCAACACCCGUGUGCAACUCCAGAAAGGCUCCAACAACACCAACCUCAACAACAGCAACAGCAACAAGCUCAUUACAUGAAUUUCCCGCAUCAGCAACAAAUGGCAACUACAGCACCGCAAGUAAUGAUGAACGCGCAAAAAAUUACUCCAUUGCAGCAAAUUAACCCUCAACAACCAGAACAUGGGAAUAUGCUAUUCCAUCAGCAGCAGCAACAGCGUCAACCUAUGAUGACGAUAGCACCAACUCCUCAUCAAUACUAUAAUGAUAAUAGCAAUGA